AUGGCUCAGACCUAUGGUCGCCACGUACAGCAUCUUGUGUUUUUUACGCAGGAGGACAACAACAAUGCUUGCCGGAAAAAGCUCGAGGUGCUAACAGCUCAGCACGAGCACUGGUCCCACGUUUUGUGGCCAGGCAAAAGGAUUUGGACCGGGAAAACCGCGUCGAUUGGAUUGUGGGACACUAUCGUCAAUGUCAGCUUGCAGUAUAUGCAGAAGCAUCCACACCUGAGGUGGAUCGCCCGCAGCGACGCCGAUACUUGGUGGAAUGUGCAAGCCCUCGAGACCUUCCUCAAGACCGAGAAUAGCUCACAGCCUUUGUUUAUUGGACAGGUGUACACAUAUGACCCGUGCUGCCACGCACUCGAUCCUGCAAGGUAUAGCUCGUCUUUCCAUGAUGGUGGAAAGACCUAUGUUUCCGGCGGGGGUGGGGGAAUUAUGAGCGACGCGUUCCUCGAGGCCUUGCAGAGCUGUCUUCGAGUCAACCGCGUUGCUCCUGCAGGCAACGAAGACACUUGGAUGGGCAAGCAGAUGCGUCAGUGCCAGCUGCGCCCCAAGGGCUCGGCAAAAAUGUUUCAGCAUCCCGGGGCUGACGAGGCCCGGUUGAAGCAGGCGUUGGACGAUAAGACGGUCAUCGCGGUGCAUAGGGCAACAGGCGACGGGAAGCAACGCCAGGUGUUAGGCGCUGAGGGGAUGUGGAAACCCAUGCGGUACUACGAGGAUCUAAUCGGGCAAGGUCUCUUGGAGCAGAGCCCCGGCGAGCCUCGAAAGAGCAAAUGGGUCCUCGGAGAGGGCGACGUGUCGUGGACCGCGCCGGCGGCUGAAGCGGCUGGCGCCGCCGCCGCCAGCCCGUGGGUCUCUGUCGUGGACGAGACGUCCGGUUCAACCUACUGGUGGAACCAGGACACCGACGAGCGGCAGUGGACGUCGCCGCACGAGGCUAGCGCGGACGGUGCACCGGUGGUGCAGGCCGGCCCGAGUCUGGGUCCGAACCCGCAGCAGCAGCUGCAGCCGGCAGCGGCGCAGGAGGGAGGGGCCGCCCGCCUGUCCUCGGCAGACAUCACGGCGAUGGUGGAGGCGAGGCUGGCCGCAAAGCAGAGCAAGGACUACGCCGCCGCCGACAGGCUCCGCGAGGAGCUCUCCCGCGCGGGCGUGACCGUCGACGACCGCCUCAAGUCGUGGUCGGCGGCGGACGGCAGGAGCGGCAUUCUUCCGGGCGGCAGGACCGGCCCGACCGUCCCCGCCGCCAUGGCGGCCGCCGUCGACACGUCUGGGCGCGGGCUUCCCAGCCCGGGAGAGAUCCUGAGGAGGAACGCCGGAAACGCGUAA